AUGCCCACCGCCACCUCCGCGUGGGGCCAGCCUAUGCAGCCACCCGCGUACAAUGCGGUUCAGCCACGCACCACACUCCAGGCUGCGCCUGCUCCGGUACAUCUUGCAGGCCUCGAGAACAACCCGAAGAAGGUCGAGUGGCCCCCUGCGGUGCGCGACUAUGUUCGCCGUGCCUUCGACCCCGAGAGCGCCAUCGCUGGAGUUUCCAGCAUAGAAAUGCAAACAAAACUGAAAGAAACCAUCAGCUACUACGCCGAACGGAACAUGCAAGACUCGAUCGACUGGACCACCUAUCCCUUGCCUCAAGAGCUCAUUCUCGAAGAGCGACGCAAAGACGCGCUUUUGUCGCCUACUAAUAAUGGCUUUGCGAACGGCAUCUCUUCUCUCCAACUCAACGGCACAAACGGCCAAACUAACUCUUCUCCAUCGACACUGAAGAAGCGCAAAUCGCAAGACUCACAUGAGCUCGCACAACAAACCCAAGCAACCCUCCCGCCUUGGCGUAGAACUAACCUAGAAUCACGUAUGACUUUCGCCGAGGGACACAACGAGAAGCGCCAAAAGAAGACCGCCGCAGCUGACGCCGCAAGUAAGUUAGAGCAAGCGGAGCUAGAAAAGAGACGACAACGGUUCAACCUGGGCAAGGCCGGCAACAACAAGACACCACCAUGGGGAUCUUCGGCAAAGGACGAGGACGGGAUGCCGGCUGGUCCUGUCGUCGGAACCAACAUGGCGCUCGAGAAGAGCUACUUCCGUCUGACUGCACCGCCAAAGGCAGAGACCGUCCGACCGUUGUCUGUGCUCGAGAAGACCUUGGCCAUGCUCAUUAAGAAAUGGAGGGCCGAAAAGAACUACAAUUACAUCUGCAAUCAGUUCAAGUCACUCCGCCAGGAUCUGACUGUGCAGCACAUCAAGAAUGCCUUUACUGUAAAAGUCUACGAGACCCAUGCCCGGAUAUCGCUGGAGAAGGGGGACACGGGUGAGUAUAACCAGUGCCAGACGCAGCUGAAGGCGCUGUAUGCACUGAAUCUUGGUGGCAAGCCGGCUGAGUUCAAAGCCUACCGCAUCCUCUAUUUCGUAUAUACGUGCAACAAGACCGACAUGAACGACAUGUUGGCUGAAUUAACCCCUGCAGACAAGACACACCCAUGGAUCAAGCACGCCCUCGAUGUUCGCUCGGCUCUGGCUCUUGGCAACUAUCACAAGUUCUUCCGCCUGUACCUCGAGGCUCAGAACUUGGGUGGCUACUUGAUGGACCUCUUCAUCGAGCGUGAGCGACUAGCAGCUCUCGCUAACAUGUCUAGAGCUUACAUUAGUAUCACUCUGCGCUUCCUGACUGAUGAGCUCGCUUUCGACAACGAUGAAGUAUGCCGUGAAUUUCUCGAGUCGCAUGGCGCGCAGACCGUCAUCGAGGAGAAGUUCAACGAAAAGGCCGGCAAGCAGUACCGAGUGAAGAUCCGCGAAGGUGCCGUGCUUUUCGAACAACUCCGUGCCGCUGCAUUCAGCAAAGUAGACAUCAAGGGCCAGAUAUGA